AUGCGAGGGCGCGUGUCGCGAGCCUGCAAGAAUUGUGCUCUGUCCAAGCUGAAGUGUGAUGACCAAAAGCCCUGUCGUCGAUGUGUCAAGCGCAACCUCGAGUGUCAUUGGCCUCAGGAUGAGAGAACACCAGAUGCUGUGGACUCACAGGAACCAGAACGAUCCGUGGCGGAGUCUUCCGACUCAGGAGAGCAGGUUGACGAUACUGGCAUCCCUCAAUCACAAGAAGAACCAGCUCCACAAGAUUUUUCAGUGGGUCUUAUGGAUGAUUUCUAUUCUGCCGCCGAAGAAGUGAUCGACCAGGCCUUCCUGGAGAAUAACCGAUUACCGUUAAUGAGCCCCAAUGAGUACGAUUACUUUGGCGGGAAUAUCAGUCCCAAGCUUGGGUUAACCGAGGCCGAUCUGGAAUAUCUUGCAUCUCUCAAUAAUCACGAUCUAGCUCAUGAACGACCAAACACCGUGGCUCAAUACCACACUCAGCGCAGUGUCCCCGAAGCUUUGGGGUUGAUGGACAAGGAGGCAUAUCACAACUCCCCUCUGUCCAAUUGGACUCCUCGCAGUGAAGACGACGCAUACAUGGAUCAGCAGUAUCUGUCGGUGCCGAAACAUCUCGACCGGUCGAUAUCUUCCGGUACUGCCGAGGCGAGAGUGUUUUCUGAGUGCCUAUCAAAGGAAAGUCGCGAUAAAGUGUUUUCGAUCUUCGUGCAGGUAUGCCAGCGACGCGAUUUCGGUCGCAUGAUGCACUAUUUUCCAAGUGCGGAGCUCCUGGAUAGUUUGAUCCAAGACUACUUUCUCCAUCAGAGGUCUGAGAUAGACUCAUGGAUCCACGAAUCCACUAUCGACCUGAACCAAGAAAGUCCAGAGAUGAUAAUAGCUCUAGCUGCUGCUGGAGCAGUGUUGUCUCCAGUGAACGCAAUUCAACGCCUAGGAUAUGCCCUGUUAGAGAUAGCCCGUCUUGAACUAAGUAGCAAGGUAGGCUGGUCCUUCACGUACCUUGGAUGCUGCGCCGAGCAUCCCACCUCCGAAGCGAAGGAUAUCCGAUCAUUUCACCCUCAGUGGUAG